AAGAGGCAAUUCCUAGACUUGCGUGUAUCUGUACAGUCGGGCUGAGGAGAGUUCGGGAACGCGUACCAUAUACAGCACCGUGUGCAGACACUCCGAGCAGAGAUGGCAGAUCAAGCCUUUGUCACGUUGGCAACAAAUGAUACCUAUGUGAAAGGAGCGCUGGUACUGGGAUCUUCUCUCCGGCGGAACAACACUACAAGAAGACUGUGUGUGCUUAUAACUCCUCAGGUCUCAGAGUCCAUGAGAAAAGUGCUCGACAAAGUUUACGAUGUUGUUCAAGUGGUGGAUGUCUUAGACAGUGGGGACUCUGCACACCUAGCUUUAAUGGAACGACCAGAACUUGGCAUCACAUUAACAAAGCUUCACUGCUGGACGCUGACACAAUACACAAAAUGUGUGUUUAUGGAUGCAGAUACAAUGGUUAUGACAAAUGUUGAUGACUUGUUUGAACGUGAAGAGCUGUCUGCUGCACCAGAUCCAGGCUGGCCUGACUGCUUUAACUCUGGAGUGUUUGUGUAUCAGCCAUCUAUUGAGACUUACAACCAGUUGAUACAGUUGGCAAGCGAAAAGGGCAGCUUUGAUGGUGGGGACCAGGGUUUAUUGAACACCUUUUUCAACACAUGGGCAACAAAAGAUAUAAGCAAGCAUCUACCUUUUCUAUACAACUUAAGCAGUGUCUCUAUAUAUUCCUAUCUGCCAGCAUUUAAAGCAUUUGGAGCAAAUGCCAAGGUGGUGCAUUUCCUGGGUAAAGUGAAGCCAUGGAACUAUACAUAUGACAGUAAAACAAAGACUGUGAAAGGGGAUGCGCAUGACCAAACACUUAUUCAUCCAGAAUUUCUCCAGCUCUGGUGGGACAUGUACACAUCAAGAAUCUUGCCCCUCCUUACAGAACAUGGUGUGGUUAAAGAUGUGUCGGUUGGCUUGAAAGCGCUGUCGGGCUUGGUCUGUUCACUGGCUUUCUCUUGUCGCUUCUGUAGAGAGGAGGAAGUUACAGAAGCAGUGUCACAGAUGUCAAUAGCGACUCCACCUCCUCCACCACCUAUAUCCUCAGAGGAACGCAGAGAGAGAUGGGAACAGGGCCAGGUUGACUACAUGGGAGCUGAUUCGUAUGAAAACAUCAGGAAGAAGCUAGACACUUAUCUACAAUAAAAUUCUACUGUACUGCACAAAACCUCAAAGGACUUUUCAAAACCUGUUCUGAAUUUGGAGCAGUCUUCUACCACAAUGUUUACUCAACUGCUAGGAGCUUUACUAAACUUCAGCGGGUGGAUAUAUCCACAAUUGUAAGUGAGAAAUACAGGGGCAUCCUUUUGUUAUAAACCCAGUUCUGUGCCAGCUACCAAUUUUUAGACUCGGGACGUAACUGUCACCAAACAGUGAACAAACCUGUAAGUAACUGCCUCCAGGUUUUCUGAUUUCCAAAAGAUGUGGUUUGUUGCUAGAACUAGUGAUGCCCUUUCUCUCACUGCUCAUGUUUCCAGUUCUUGGACUUGUAGCUGUGUAGGCUCUUCGAUUUCCCCCUCAGCAGGAUGUCAAGUUGUCCCCUUUUUUCCCCUCUAUUUGCAGUUUAUGAACAAGCACUUUCACUACACUGGAGAAAUGUGGCAAUAUUGUACAUUACAACCAAUGCAAACACUGUAACCACCUUGAAAUGCUGCUUGUUCUGUACUCUAGAGGGCUAAUGUUAUGCAUUUUUCAAACCAACUGUAAUAAGGCACUUCAAAGAAAUAAACUGGUUAUGGUCA